AUGAGAAGGCAGAAUCCCAAUAGCCCGUCUCCAUGUUUGAUUAUGGGAGACUUUAAUGAAAUCCUCAAUCUCAUCGAGAAGUUUGGAAAGGCCACGAGACUUUUUUUUCUCAAAUGGACAGUUUUUGUAAGGUGCUGGAAGAUUGCGAGCUUAGCGACAUGGGUUAUGUUGGAUCCAAAUACACGAGGAGCAACAAGAGGGAGGGGAGAUAGUUUACAAAAGAGAGGCCGGGCAGAGCUUUUGCUGAUCCUUUUUUCCCCUCUCUUUUUUGCAAUUGUGAGUUAUACCGUAAUGAAUUCCCACUGUCCUAAGUUGUUCCAAUUUGAAGUUGCUUGGUCUCAAAAGCAGGAGUGCAAAGAUAUGAUCAAAAGUGCUUGGUUAUUCCCUGGGGAACAGAGUAGUUCGCUACGUGAUUUCAAAGAGGGCCUAGCGCAUUGCAGGGAGAAACUCCAGUCUUGGGUCAAGUCUAAUGCAAGAAAUUCUAGGAAAGCGAUAAAAGCUAAUAUGGGAAAGCUUCGGUUGUUGCAAAGCAUUAACUAA